GCUGGCUGUCUUGCGUUCCACUGCUCCUCCCUCCCUCUUCUUGUGCUGCGCUCUCGUUCCCUCCUCUUCCCUCGCGCGCUGCCCGUUGUAAGCUUUGCCUCGCAGGAGCCUUUUCUUCACCGGGCGCUUGGUGGUGUCUUCUUCCUUCUUCUUCUUCUUCUUCUCCCUCCUCCUCCUCAUUUGCUUUACAUUUCUCGAGCUCCAUUACCUCGCAUCUUCCUCUGCUCUCCUCUUGCUGGUUCCAGCGUAGCGUCCCCCUCCAGGCUUGGCUGCCGAGCGAGACUUGCUUACAUAGCGCUAGUGAGAGCUGGUGAGUGCGAGAGCGAGCCCUCGCCCCGACGCAAGCCAAUCGCAGAUUGACGCACAGGUACACAGGGCGAGGAAAAGCGAAUGGAUCUAGAUCUGUCAUUUUGAGCUACAUCGGGGCAGAUGGUAGGGACAUCGGCCAAAGGUACAUCGGGUUCGAGAGGUUGACUUUGGAGUGCGAGAGGAAGGCGAGACAGAGUGCUAGUUAGUGAGGGCGAGUGAGGAGAGCUGCUGCUGCUGCUGUAUGCGAUGACUGUGAAAGUGAGCGGACGCGUUUUGCGUUCCAUACUGGAUUGAUCCACGUGAUACCGUUCUGAGGCAGGCAGUCGGGGUGAAGUAAAAAGAGGGUGCUGACAGAUCCAUGGCCGCAUUUGAUGGGGAAGAGAGGGUAUUAGCAACUGCGCAUCACAUCGUGAGGAGUUUGGGGACCACGGAGACUAUGACUGAUGACAUGCUGAAAAUCUUGUCCAAAUUUGACGACCGCUUUUCAAGUAUGAAUGAAGUAUUGCCCAAGAAGCAGGAAUCCGGUGCCUGUGCCGAAUCAAGCCAGGAGAAGGAGGCCGCCACCUCGGAGAAGCAGCCCGUCGUUGAGACCAAUGAAGUUGACCUCGAGGCCGUCGAGAAGGUCGUGAUGCAGUGGGACAUGGCCUCCUCUGAGGCCGCUAGGGCGUGUUUGAUUUGGGAAUGCUCUCGGGACGAGGUUGCCUCGUACUUGCAAGCCGUUGAUGAAUUGCAGAGCGUGCUCGAGUCUUUAAAUGUGUCGCAGAGCAACAGCAACAGUGACAGACAGGAUCAUGCCCAGAGCCUCCAGCAGGUCGCGAUGCAACGACUGGAAGAGGAGUUCCGCCACAUGCUUGUGAAUCACAGUGAGUCCGUAGAUCCAGAAUGGCUAAUGGAGACUUUGUUAGGGGGAGGUUCUAAUAAUUCCAACGUGGAGGAGGCCACGGAAGCCGAUGUUCACAGCUCUGGUGAGGAAGAAGGAGAGGAGGAUGUGCCCGUCGCCCGACCCGUAGCCGAUCUGCAGUUAGAUCUACUCCCUCCAGAGAUAGUGUCUGAUUUGAGCGACAUCGCUCGGAGAAUGAUCCAGGCCGGGUACGCGAGAGACUGCUGUCAGGUAUACACAACUGUCAGGAAGCCUGUUCUUGAGGAGAGUUUGGGAAGAUUGGGAGUUGAGAAGCUGACUAUUGAUGAAGUCCAGAAAAUGCCUUGGGACACUUUGGAGGGCAGGAUAAAGAAAUGGAUUCAGGCCAUGAAGGUGUCUGUGAAGGUGCUUUUUGCUAGCGAGGGGCGCUUAUGUGAUCAGGUUUUCGCCGAGUCUGUAGCUACUCGCGAGACUUGUUUCUCUGACGUAGCGCAGAGUUCAAUAAUGCAACUGCUGAGUUUCAGUGAGGCUAUAGCUAUAAGUCGUCGGACUCCGGAGAAAUUGUUCAAGAUACUCGACAUGUACGAGACGUUGCGGGAUCUUAUCCCCGAGAUCGAGGCCAUUUUCACUGGCGAGGGUUGCACGAAGGUGAGGUCGGAGGCCGCCGGAAUUCUGAUGAGGCUGGGAGAAGCCGCCCGGGGAACUUUUGCCGAGUUUGAAAACGCCAUCCAUCGUGAUACUUCCAGGACUCCGGUUCCAGGAGGCGCCGUACAUCCGCUCACUCGAUAUGUUAUGAAUUAUAUCAGGUUUCUCUUUGAUUACACCGAGACCCUGAAACAACUUUUUGGCGACAAGAAGAAGGAAGUUCCGAAGUUGCUUGGGGAGGAAACCAAUGGCGUUGCCGACUUUUUGGGGGAUGAUGAUAAAGCUAAGAACAACGAGAAAUCACCACUAGCAGUGCAAACUAUCUGGAUAACGCACGUUCUAGAGAGCAAUUUAGAUGGUAAGUCGAAGCUGUACAAAGACCUCUCUUUGACCUACCUUUUCCUUAUGAAUAAUGUGCACUACAUCGUCCAAAAGGUGAAGAACUCUGAAGUACGUGGUUUAUUGGGUGACGAUUGGGUUAGAAAGCACAAUAGUAUGGUACGACAGCAUGCUACCAGCUACCAAAGAGCAGCUUGGGGCAAGGUUCUGUCGUGUUUGAGAGAUGAAGGUAUUCACGCCACUGGAAGUGCUGCAAGUGGGGUUUCCCGAGUAGUCCUCAAGGAUAGGUUCAAAAGCUUCAAUGCGGCAUUCGAAGAUGUACACAAAGUGCAGUCGAGUUGGAUCAUCCCUGAUCCACAGCUUCGCGAUGAGCUUCGGAUAUCCAUUGCGGACAAGCUUCUUUCUGCGUAUCGUUCCUUCUUAGGCCGAUACAGGACGUACUUGGAAACUGGCAAGCAUCCUGAGAAGUACAUCAAGUUUGGAGCCGAAGACUUGGAGAAAUACUUGAAUGAUCUGUUUGAAGGAUCAUCAGGAUCAAUGACGCUGAGAAGGAAAUCUUUUUCCUCCAGCUGAGUACAGUGAAUUGUGGACAAUUGACGCCUUGUAUCUUUUUGACUGGCAGUAUGAUGUCCUCCAGAUCUUUCAUGUUCCCUCGGACUUGCCAUUGUAGAGUGACACCCACGGCUUGGCAUAGAUGUGAGUUGAGCCCACACGUCUUGAAUACGUCCCAAGUUUCAAAUGUUGUGCCAUCCUGGACAUAACGCCUGAUCCUAGACUGGGACUAUGAUGUGGGAGGUUCUGGUUAUUCCAGAGUGAGGUCUAGGUUUGAAUUGCGGGCUAUUUACGAAAGUUUAAGGUAUUAGAACAUGCCACGAAACUAAUUAAUAAAUUGUGUGUGAGAUAGGAUGGUCUGUUCAGUGCAGUGAACCUUGGAUAUCCUCGGCUAUCUUGGUUAUCCUCAGGCAGUGAUGGGAGGGCUGAUGCCAUUCUACCAAGUAAGGCAGAAUGCGAGACAAUCGAACCCGCGUACAAGGGCUUUACUCUGAUACCGCAUCUCCUCUGGCAAAGUCGUGGAAAGGAUGGCACUAAAUGUCGUGGGACGCAUCCACUUUGGAUCGUACCAAUGAAAUUGGCAACUUGCAUAUGUUAAAUGUAAAUGGAGACAACGAUUUGCCUUCCUACAUGUGGGGAGGGUAACCAGUUCAGAUUUCCACAGUAAUUAAUUGCAAUGGAUUUUGUUUAAUCUGAGAACUUU